AUGUCACCUCCUACGCACGCACCACCGCCGCUCUUCCCUCUGGACACGUUACGCGAUAUUUCGGAAGGUCUAGGUCAAGUCCCACCCUCGAACAGCGCGCUCAAUGCUCUAGCCUCGGACGUCGAAUAUAGGUUGAGAACAUUGGUAGAAGAUGCUAGCAAGUACAUGAGACAUGGAAAGAGGUCGCAGUUGCGAGCUGCAGAUGUGGAUAGGGCGCUCAGGGCAUGGGGAGAGGAGGUGAGUUUGAGCAAAAAGGACGGUGAUGUGCGCACAUCGGAGUGCAAGCGUCACAGGAGGGCAGACGAGAGAAGGACAGAUGGGUUUAGACAGACUGCAGUUUUGUGAGCCACUGCUACAACUUGCCGUUGCUGAUGCUAAUCAGCCGCCCACUCUGCCGCUUGCGGCUGCUUUGUGGACAGCCGCUGUACGGCCACUAUUCUCAGCCCAGAGGACACAGCUCCCUGAUCGCGCCAGCAGUCCCUGUCUACAAGCGAGUGCAGACAACUUCGGGUCCUCAAUACGUCUUGGAUGAUCCCGAAAUCUCUUUGGAAGAUCUCAGCUCUCUCAUCCGUCGACAGGCGCCCUUACAGCGCAGUCAGGGAGUGGGAUGGGCAGCUCAUUGGUUAGCUGUGGAAGGUGUUCAGCCUGACAUUCCGCAGAACCCAGAUCGAGGCAAGACUGGUCAUUUGCCGCUCGAGGAGGAUGCCAAAACAUUCAAUGCUCAUCACCAUCAAUCUGGAUCGAAUGGAACAGCUGCGGUCAACGGUGUGGGCAGAACUUUGGGCGCUGUUGGACCUAGCACAUUGGCCAGCGCUAGUGCCUCGGCGCUUGCGGGCUCGUCGAGCGCUGCUGCGACGUCGAGUGCGCCUCAAGUCAGACCUCUGAUCAAGCAUGUUCUCUCUCGCGAGCUGCAGCUCUACUUUACGCGUCUGACAGACGCCAUCAUGAGCUCUCCGUUGCCCGCUGCGCUGGAUGGCGCUUCGGGAUCUGCGCAAGACGAGCCAGCGUCGAGUGCAGGUCAUGAUGCCGUAGAUAAUCCUACUCGGUCUGCUGCUCUGUCGUCUCUUGCUGGAGAUGCUGGUUUGGCGCAGUUGCUACCUUACCUCAUUCAGUGGAUCGGAGAACGUAUCGUGGAUCUCGUCAGCGCGUCUUCAGAGAUAUCGGCAGACGCGCAGCGACAAAUCCAAUCAGCACAGCAGAGCGCGACCGACGCAGAAGGAAGGCAGGUCGAAUGUCAAAGAGCGCUCGUGGCUAUUCUAGGCGCUAUAGAAGCAGUGCUUCGGAAUUCUACCCUCCUUCUGGAACCCUAUGUGAGUCCUGCUCUCCCAUGCCGAUGUCGCUCGGAAGACACAUCUUGAAAUUGAGACGCCCGCGCUCGACCUUGGCUUUGCACAGCUCCAUCAGCUCUUGCCUUCCAUUCUCUCCGUCCUCUUGACCUCCCUUCUCCCUUCGUGCCUGCUUUUGCGCGCACGCGCAGCCUCGCUUCUUCGACUGCUCUUGACCAACUACAACAACUCGUACCCUAGCUUGAAGCCUCGGCUGAUCAGGACCUUGUCCAAGUGCGCAGUCUUGGAGAAUUCUGGUCAAGAAAGGCAAGUUGGCCAUCCAAUUGUCACUGUGCAAGGCGCUCUGCUAGGUAUCGAGGCGUGCGGAGAAGCUUGCAUUAAGAAUGUCCUACUGCGUAGUGGUCUGGAUAAAGUAGAGGGGAACAAGGUGGAAAGACGGACGGGCUUGGAAGAGAGAGGGACGGAUGAGACCAGCUUAUUAGGAAAGAUUGGCUUGGCCCUGCAAAGCAGAACGGGCCACGAUAAAAAGAGUGCACUGGGUGUCGUCGUGCAGGUGAGGAACAGGAUCGAUGCAGUACUCCAUUCCAGCUCGCGCAAAGCGGGCUAUUUCUGACCCGCCCGUUGCUGCCCUCAAACUUGGCGUGGCAGAUCCUUGUGCCGCUCUCACCGAGCUACACUUCUCCUUUGUCCGACACUGAGCGAUCAGAGCUCCGGCAGAGUGUUCGUUCCCGACACGGACAAUUCUUCGCCGACGUAUUUGCCUCAAGCGAGGAAAAUUCGGAGUCGAUGGAGGUGGAUGGGAACGCCGACGAUGGGACGUUCAUGGAGAAGAGCGUCAGGACCAGAAUUGCAAGGGUGCUGGCCGGACCUGCUGAUCCUUAG